UUCGCAAAAAUACGUAGCCUAGAUCUUGAUCGUUUUCAUUUUUAAUCUGAGUACAUUCACCUAAAGAUGGUGAAACCAGUCAGAACAGCUGAUAAAGUUAAUUUAUAAUUAGUCUGUAGAAUAUAGGCCUAAUUUAGAUUUAGAUUUCUAAGUGUUAUGAAACAAACAACCGAAGUGAUUUGUCAUGUGAUAGACUUAGAUCUAGUUCUAGACUCUAGUUAUAUGUGAGUAUUUUAUUUUACCACAUAGAAGAACACUGGCAUUUUUUCAUCGUUCCCCCCAGGUGAAGAGGCUCUUCAUUUUUUUUAUCAGCCUUUAAGAAGCUCCAGAGUGUCAACAACUCAAGUGUGCAAUUAAAGGGAAUCAGAGAUAUGAUAGGAUUGAGCAUAAGAAUUUCACAUUAAGUCAGGAUAACAUAAGCCUGCGUAACUCUAAAUAAGGACAUCAGAUAAUCUCCUACGAAUGUUAGUAGCAUGGAUGAAUCGUUGCGUCAUGUUAAUCCUAAUCCAACGCUCACCGCAAAUUUUUUCUCCAAGGUGUCGUUCUGGUGGGUUAACUCCCUGUUUAAGAAAGGAUACAGACGCCCUCUAGAGGAAGCAGACCUGUACAAUGUAUGUCCCUCUGAUUCGUCAGAUUAUUUGGGCAACAAGCUAGAAGUUGAGUGGAAUAAACAGUUAAAGAAAGAUGGAAAAAACCCAAGUCUGCUUAGAGCAUUGUUGCACACAUUUGGUGUUCAGUACAUGUUGGUGGGGUUUGUGGUUUUGUUUGAGGAGGCAACCAAAGUUUUCCAGCCCAUCUUGUUGGGUGGUCUCAUCCGAUACUUCACACCAGACUCCACGGUGACAAAGUCCGAGGCAUGGCUGUAUGCCUUUGGUGUGUCCAUGUGUGCUAUAGUGCUAGCCAUAACACACCACCCCUAUUUCUUCUGUGUGCAAAGGAUUGGCAUGCGCAUGAGAAUAGCUUGUUGUUCCCUCAUGUAUAAAAAGUGUCUAAAACUCAGCAACAAAGCAAUGGGGGAGACAACCACUGGCCAGAUUGUCAACCUGAUGUCCAACGAUGUCAAUAGGUUUGAUCAAGCUGUUGUGUUUCUCCACUUCCUGUGGGUCGGCCCCCUUCAGGCCAUCGCUGUUCUAGUCAUACUCUGGCAUGAGCUGGGGCCCUCUGUCCUGGCAGGAUUUUUUGUCCUGCUCCUACUUAUCCCGGUGCAAGGCUUCAUGGGGAAGCUCUUCUCUAAACUGAGACACAAAACUGCAAUCCACACAGACGAAAGGGUCAAGGUCAUGAACGAAAUCAUCUCAGGGAUGAGGGUCAUCAAGAUGUACUGUUGGGAGAAACCUUUCGGAGAGCUGGUUGAGAAGAUUCGCAGCAAUGAAUUAAGUCUAGUCUGGAGGCAGAAGCAGCUGACGGCCUACACUGCCACCGUGUGGGUGGUGAUGCACAGGCUGCUGUAUUACAGCCUGGCAAUUGGCAUCCUCCUGACAGGGACCUGGCACUCUCUCAGACCCGCCGUCCUGUAUCAGGCCACCCCCCUCCUCUUUCUCCUGGCCUAUAACCUGGUGGGGUGUGUGUUUGAGGCUGUUAGGACCUGCGGGGAGUUUGUUACUGCUCAACGCAGAAUCCAGAAAUUUUUGCUGCUUGAGGAACUAGAGCAUUCCUCUAAUGUGGAGCAAACAGACUUGAAACAAGAUGAUGAGAAAUGCUACGUACAGUUGAAAGAUGUUUCUGCCAGAUGGGAUGGGAGUAAUCAUUCAGAAAACAAAACUCUUGAAAAUGUAACUUUGGAUGUUGAGCCAAGAAAACUUGUUGCAGUUAUUGGCCCUGUUGGAUCUGGAAAAUCCUCCCUGCUUAUGACCAUCCUGGGAGAGCUUCCAGCACUGUCAGGGACCAUCAAAGUCUCAGGGAAGGUGGCCUAUGUGUCCCAGCAACCCUGGAUCUUCUCCGGCAGUGUCCGCCAGAACAUCGUCUUUGGUGGCGUCUAUGACAAGGCCAAGUACGACCGUAUUGUUAAAGUUUCAGCAUUGAAAAGGGAUUUUGAAAUAAUGCCUCAAGGGGACGCCACUCUCAUUGGUGACAGGGGAGUAAGUCUGAGUGGGGGUCAGAGGGCACGAAUAUCACUAGCCAGAGCCUUGUACAUGGAUGCGGAUAUUUAUUUACUGGAUGACCCACUUAGUGCUGUGGAUACUGCUGUUGGGAGACACAUUUUUGAAAAGUGUAUUAUAGGUUAUUUAAAGAAAAAGCCAAAAAUUCUUGUUACACAUCAAGUGCAAUUUUUGCCUGUUGCUGAUACCAUAUAUAUUCUUAAAGAGGGUAAAAUCAACAGCCAAGGUUCUUACGAUGAGUUGUCAAGGUCGGGUGUAGAUUUCUCAGAACUUUUGAAGAGACCAGAAGAUGAGGAACCAUCUUCCCCCACGACUGGCUCCGUCAUUGAGGCGCUGCCAGUGGCGUCAGAAAUUUCUGAGUUUGGGUCACACCUGUCUUUACACAGCACUGUGGAAGCAUACGAGCCUGAACCAGUUCAGCUGCCAGAGACAGAAGAGAGGGCAUCUGGAACUGUUGGCCUCAGGGUGUAUGUGGAUUACUUCAAGGCUGGGGCUGGCAUCUUCAAGUUUACAGUCCUGGUCCUCAUCAACAUAGCAGCACAGGUCUUCUAUAUUGGCAGUGACUGGUGGCUCUCUAGAUGGUCAAACCAAGAAGAAACAAAAUAUGCUGCUAUUGAAAAACAGCGCCGCUUCAUGGAUGAAUUCAACAUCACAGACAUCAACAACAGCAGCAUCAGUAGCAACAUCACCAUCCCCUACGUGGACAGCCACUUCAACAUCUACGUCUUCACUGGCAUCAUUCUGGCUGUGUUUUUGUUUGGGCUCGCCAGAGCACUGCUAUUCUUCAAGAUAGCUGUGGACGCAUCUCAGAAGCUUCAUAACAUGAUGUUUACAAGAAUUCUGCGAUCACCAAUUUCUUUUUUUGACACCAAUCCAGUUGGUCGAAUCUUGAACAGGUUUUCAAAAGAUAUAGGUCACAUGGAUGAUCUUCUACCUGUGACUUUUUUUGACUUCAUUCAAUGUGCCUUGCUGAUUCUAGGAAUUGUGCUGGUUGCUGGCAUUGUUAACCCCUAUGUGUUCAUACCCACAGUCCCCCUGGCCAUUUUAUUCGUCAUAGUCAGGAAGUAUUACCUGCAGACUUCCAGAAGUAUAAAACGAUUAGAGGGCACAACCCGCAGCCCUGUGUUCUCCUACCUCAGUGCCACACUUCAAGGGCUCCACACCAUCAGGUCCAUGAAAAUGGAGGAGAAAUUUAUGGAGGAGUUUGAUGCUUACCAGGAUAAGCACUCGGAAGCCUGGUUUCUAUUUUUAGCAACCAGUCGCUGGUUAGCUGUGCGUCUGGAUUGGUUGUGUGCCAUGUUUGUUUCUGCUGUUACCAUCUGUUCAGUUUUGGCUGCGGAAACCAUGAACGCUGGUUUGGUUGGGUUGUCUAUAACUUACACAAUGACAUUGAUGGGCAUGUUUCAGUGGGGAGUCAGGCAAAGUGCUGAAGUGGAAAAUCAAAUGAUUUCAGUGGAGCGAGUGCUGGAAUAUUCCAGACUGCCCCAAGAGGCAGAGCUUGAUUCAGCACCUGACAAGAAACCUCCGCCCUCCUGGCCAGCCAGCGGAACCAUCACCAGCAACAAUGUCAGCCUACAGUACUCUCCUGGUGGUCCUCUGGUCUUGAAAGAUUUGACAUUCACCAUUCAUGGGCGCGAAAAGAUUGGAAUAGUGGGUAGAACAGGUGCUGGUAAAAGUUCCUUGAUUACAACCCUGUUCCGCAUGGUUGAACCACAGGGCAGCCUGUAUAUUGAUGGCAUUGACAUACAGGCUAUUGGCCUGCACGACCUCAGGAGCACAAUCUCAAUCAUCCCUCAGGAUCCUGUUCUGUUCACUGGUUCUUUGAGGAAAAAUCUGAAUCCCUUCCAGCAGCAUCAAGAUGACCAACUGUGGAAGGCUUUAGAAGAGGUGAAACUGAAGGACCAUAUUAAGGAUCUUCCUAAUGGCCUUGGAGCAGAAGUUUCUGAAGGUGGAAUUAAUUUCAGUGUCGGCCAACGCCAGCUAAUUUGUCUGGCUCGAGCAGUUCUUGGGAAUAAUAGGAUUCUUUUAAUUGAUGAAGCCACUGCUAAUGUUGAUCCAAUCACUGAUGAGCUGAUACAACAGACAAUCCGCACCAAGUUUAAAGACUGCACUGUGCUGACCAUAGCCCACAGGUUACACACCAUCAUGGAUUCUGACAGAGUCAUGGUUUUAGAUAAUGGUAGGAUAGUGGAGUUUGACCAGCCCUACACCCUGUUGUCUCAAGGCCACGGCUUCUUCUAUGAGAUGGUCCAGCAGCUUGGCAAAGCAGAGUUUGAUCAUUUGUUGGAGGUGGCAAGGGAGGCAGCUAAGAAAAGUGAGAACCCUCCUCCAAUGUCGAAUGGGAUCCAGCUAAACAAUAAAAAAUUAAAGACCCACGGUCCUGAUAAUACAUCCCACGACAUCACCUCCAACCUGAACGACAGCUACGAGGCCAGCGAGAUCCCUUACGACAUCACAGACAUUGAAGACAGUCUUCGGAUGAUUGACGACCAUGAUGAAGUUAUGGAUGUGACCUUGAAACAUCAGCCAGAAGAUGCAUCCAGCACUGCCUCAAAAGAUACUGAAGAAACUUCUUUGUUGAUUAAAGGAGAAAGUUCAAAUGAUGACACAGAUGUCAAAACAUCGUCCCAAACAGAUGAGAGAAUUAGCAGUGCUAAUGAUGACAAUGCUGGUAGUGAUGAGGAUGAAGAUGGUGAAGAGCGUCAAGUUUUAAUAAAGUCAAGUAGUAGCGCAACAGAUAGACAAGAUGAUGAUAGUAUACAUGUAUGAUUAUUAGUCAGCACAUUAGAUUAUAAAAUUUUAAAAUUAAAACUAGAAUUUUCAAAUGAAAAUUGUACUAGUCUUCUAAAGCAUACAUUUUUAAUGUAAGGAAAAUUAUUUUACCGCAUGUUUGUUAUUUGAUAUUACAAUUAAACUAAUAUUAGUAAAAUUAUGACUAAGCAUUUGUUACAGAGACAUGAUUGUCUUAUGGAUAGUUAAAUAAAUAAAGUUUACAUUGAUUAUGUCAUUGUACACUACAUUUUAAAAUUAGUUUUUUUUAAAUAUUCAUCUGCCUAGACUUGUGCAACAAAUUAACCCAUUUUUUUCUAUAACUCAUCAAAGCCAAAUUUCUUGAUUUCUAUUAAACACUUCUUCUGACAUGUGUUCUCAUAUACAUUGUUCUUAUGUAUUGACAUAUAGUUCUCUUUUUAACCCUGUGGGUCACAGUGUGGCGCCAUGGGCUCCAGCUUUAUCUUACCCCUAUACUUGGCCAGUAGCCUACCCAACUAUCCACCCACCAUGUGUAUUGAACGCCAACUUAAAAAACAAGGAAAUGCGACUUCAAACAGAAGUUUUUAAGAGUUACUCCCAUUUAUCAUUAAAGGGUAAAAAGUUCAAUAUAAGGGAAGUGUCACUCAUUCUUUAAAUAUAGCAUUUUAAUUUGUUUAUUAUUUAAAAAUGAUUUUUAAGACAGACGAUUUUUAAGCCACACAUCUUAAUGUGUUACACAUGAUCCUUAUGUUCAUCUUACAGGAAUCAUUUCUUUAUUCUGAUUAUUAUAUUUAUUCAAUAAUAUUACCUCACUAAACAAGUGAGAAGUGUAUAUGAGAUUUUAAUAGAAAACCAUUUAACCAGGCUGCCAAAAUCAGAGCAUUAUUGAACCUCAGCAAAACUGAUGUGAAAAAAAUAUCAGUUUAAUGACUGAUUUUUAAAGCUGCAAACAUUACAGAGCAUGUAGUGUAUUGGACUGCCAGUAUUUAGUUUGUGUGAAACAAUGUCACAUUGAUGAUUUAAAUAUUAAUACACCAUUUUGUUUUUUGUUGUACUAUGGUAUAUGUUUUCUGAUUCAAAGAGGACAUUCCAGUUAAUUGCAUACAUGAAUAAGUGCAUAAAUAGUUAUACUUUAUGAAUAAAAGGUUAUAAUAAUAUUGAAAUGUUUGGUAACCAGCCUUGUAUAGUAUUUUUUUCAUUGUUUAUUUUUAAAACAAAAAAUGUGAAUUAAUGCUUUGGUAGCUUGAUUUUGAAAAAUUGUAAUCCUUUUCAGAUUGUGUUAUAAUAUUUUUGAUCCUCACACAUUUUUAUCAGUACAAUUUGCUAAAUUGGAGGGGGGGGGGGGGGAAUGAAAGAAGGGGGUUGCAUUUUUAAAAGAAUUUUGUAACACAGAUUAUUUUAAAAUCCUAGAACUGUUUUUUUAUGGGUCACAUUAAGUGUAAAUGUAUUUUCUUUUAUAUCUUGUCCUGAUUACUUUUUUAACUCCUCUGAUCAGGGUAGAAAAUGUGUUUCAAAUAGGUUUGUCAGGUUAAAUACAACCAGCUACGGCUGUACAGCCCAUCAGCUUUGACUAUAGAGCUCACCAUCUAUGGCUAUACAAACAAUGGUAUGAAUAGUGCCUUUGUAAACAAGCCAGAAUUUAAAGAAAAACAAGAUUUUUGAUACCUUGUUUACGAGAAUCUUUCUAUACACUAAUUGUUUUAAAACUGUCAUACAUUUUAUUUUUUACUACUUACAAUAAAUUAAAAUAUUGUUCCCAGUUUCUUGAAUAUAAAAUAUAUACAAGAAAUUGCUUUACCGGUUAUUUAAAUGUUAUUACGCAAAGCUCCAAUUUAUAUUUUAUACUCCUAAUAGUGGAAAUUAAAAGGACGAAAUUCUCUUCAUAUUGAUUCUUAUGUUCAAAGAAUUCAGAAUUUUAUCUUGUGAAACAAGUCUCAAAUUUAAAGUGAUAGAUUUCUAAAUUGCCAAGUCUCAGUUACAACUCCAAAGCUUGAGUUGUUCUCUCAGCUCUUAUGGUUAAAGAAGUUUACCAACUCCUCUGUUAUUGACUAGCAGUUUUGAAAAAAGGUGCUUACUUAGAUAGUUUUAAUACUAACAAUGUGAAUUUUCUUCUGUUUGCCUGACAUCCUGUGCUGCACAGGUGUGUUGUAUUGCAGUAUGUGAUACAUGAGCUUUGUGGAACCUCAUCAUUUGUUUUAUGGUUGUUUACAUUUCCUUUGUAGAGGUAAAUAUAUACUUGAGACCAGACAAAAAAUGGCUUGAAGAUAAUAAAAAAAAAUUGUUUUGUAA